GGGGAAGACUCCAGGCUUCUCUUUGGCCUGUCGACGUUGGCGAUAUCGUCGAGCCUCAUGUUUGUAGCCAUGGUACUGCAAACGCAAUGCGCGUGGAGCGCUCCAUUAGCCUCGCUUACUAUGCGCUUGCUAGUAGCUUGCCAAAACUGUUUCAUCACCUCAUUUAGACUAAUACUGCGAAAUCUUCACCAGAAGACGACUACAGUACAACAUUCAUCACGCAAUCGCUCCCAAAAAUCACCCGAUAUCCGUCAUGGCCUACUCCGCCGAGCUUCGCCUCGCUUUGCAAGCCGUACACCGGGCCUCAUUGCUCACCAAAUCCGUUCUCCGGAGCCUAUCCAACAACGUGUCUGCGGAGACAAAGGCAGAUGACAGUCCCGUGACCAUUGCGGAUUUCGCCGCUCAAGCUCUCCUGAUAUCCGCCUUGCGUGCCGUGUAUCCAACAGACGCAUUCCUGGGCGAGGAAAGCGCUGAUGCAUUGCGUCAGAACGAGACACUUGCUGAUCGUGUCUGGCAGCUCGUGCAACAGGCGAAGGACGAGACUCACGCAGGUGGCUCCGAGAACGAGAAGGGGGACGGAAACUCUGUCCAGAAGGAGGAGCUGGCUUUCCCGAAAAGUAAGGAAGAGAUGUUCGAGCUCAUUGAUAGGGGUGGUAAAGGGGAAAUCACCAGAAGAGGCCGAACAUGGGUUAUGGACCCCGUGGAUGGUACAGCGACGUUUAUGCAGGGCCAGCAGUACGCAGUUUGUCUGUGUUUGCUAGUUGAUGGCGUACAGCAAGUCGGUGUCAUUGCGUGUCCCAACCUCGCUUUCCCCAUCCAAGGGGAACUGGGCCAAACAGCGAUCCACGAGGACCAAGUCGACAAAGAUGGCUUUGGCGUCAUACUCUCCGCCGUCAAGGGACAAGGGACCUUUAUCCGCUCUAUGAACAGUUCCUUAUCCGCUGGAUUCGGAGAACCCCGCCACGUAGACCGGACUACGCUUCCCCAAAAGAAACCUUCAGAACUAAACUUUGUCGAAGCAACGCUAGGCAAGACAUCUCUCUCCCAACCCGAACACAACGCCGUUGCUACCACGCUCGGUGCUCAAUGGCCAGGCACCAUCCUCUGGUCUCAGCAGAUGAAAUACGUUGCUCUUACACUGGGAGCUGCGGAUGCCAUGGUGCGCAUCCCUAAGACUAAAGACCGCUUUACUUACAUCUGGGAUCAUGCUGGUGGCCACCUCCUUUUCCAGGAAGCGGGCGGCGUUAUCAGCGACUUCAAAGGUGAACAGAUUGAUUUCGCAAAUGGAAGGAAGAUCACGGGAGAGAGGAACUGGGGUAUGAUUGCUUGUAUGCCUGGGUUGUUUGAGGAGGUGGGUAGGGCUGUUAUGGAGGUCUUGAAGAAGAGGGAUAGUUGAGGUGGUGUUUUUGUCUGAAGACACUGGUUUUCGAUGAGUUGUACGCAGAACUACAAUACAACAUUAUGGUUGAAUCAAACUCGAUAUACAAUGGAAGCUGAGCGAAUGCCUUUGGAGUCUGUUUCGGUGCGGUAGUAUACUGCUUCUUGACAGUAUACUACUUCUUGACGGUAUACCUGAGGCUACCUAUAUCUGGGACUCGUAAUCGAAAAAAAAAACAUCAGGUCACAAGCUAGUGUGUAUCCUCAGGAUACGCGUGUCAGGGCAUACCACUCUCCGAAAAC